UCCUAAUUGACGCCUCACGCCGCCCCUCCCCUGCGCCUCCAGCCGAACCAGCGCUCCCUAGACAAAAUCACCACAGCGCCUCCACAAUCCACUGCUCCUCCCCUCCCCUGCGACAGCGCCGAGCCCGCCGAUCACCUGCCCUGCUUCCGUUCUCGCCAUUGUUUGAACUUUGAAGAUUUCUACGCUGGUUCUUUGUGAAACAAGAAGAAGAAAAUGGCGCUGGGGCUAUUGCUUGGACUUGCAAGGUCAUUCAGAAGAAAGCGAACAUCUUCUCUCGAAAUUCUCACUUCCAAACGUGGUCCGAGGGGUUUCUACAAGGGCAAGAAUUGCAUACCCACUGGCUUCCACACUCGCAAAGGCGGUUAUGUCGUGGUUCCAGAAAAGCUUCCUAAUUAUGUGGUUCCAGAUUUAACCGGUUUCAAGCUAAAGCCAUACGUAUCGCAGUGCCCAACAGAAGCCAAAACAGCAGAGGCUGCCGAUUCUGCUAAAUAAUAUCUCAGUAGGAUUGUAGGAAGUACACAAUUCAUACUUUCGCUUCAUUUUGCUCUUUCUUCUGAAAGAUUUCAUCGUACACUCUCGCCAUAUUUUCUGAAUGCAUUCCCCUAAUACAUUAGAUUA